UUGAUCACAUCCUUCCAGAGCCCGGCUCCAAUUUAUUAACAGCGUUUGGAAAGUGGAAAGAGUCAGCGGAGAGCAAAUCCUGUUGUGAUUAUUCUCUGCAUGUGGACAUCACCGACUGGUAUGAUGGGAUCCAGGAAGAUCUCGAAAAUCUGGUGCAAAGCAAAGGUAUCAAUUCUUUCCAAGUCUACAUGGGCUACAAAGAUCUCUACCAAAUGACUGAUUCCCAGCUCUAUGAAGCAUUUACCUUCCUGAAAAGUCUUGGAGCUGUUAUCAUGGUGCAUGCAGAAAAUGGGGAUUUGAUAGCUCAGGAGCAAAAACGGGUGCUGGCAAUGGGAAUAACAGGACCAGAAGGUCAUGCUUUGAGCCGACCUGAAGAGCUCUGUAGGUAUGCAGAAGGCAGUUGGGAUGCCUUGCUUGAGGACAUAACUGGGGUCUGUGUUUUCUCUACUCAAGGGGCUCUAGUAUUGGGGGAACCGAUCACAGCCAGCCUGGGGACCGAUGGCACUCAUUACUGGAACAAGAAUUGGGCGAAAGCUGCAGCAUUUGUGACCUCACCACCCCUGAGUCUGGAUCCUACCACGCCUGAUCAUCUGACCUCACUUUUAGCCUGUGGAGACCUGCAGGUGACAGGAAGCGGCCACUGUACUUACAGCACAGCCCAAAAAGCUCUUGGCAAGGAAAACUUCACUCUCAUCCCUGAAGGGGUUAAUGGAAUUGAAGAAAGAAUGACGGUGGUCUGGAAUAAAUGUGUUGUGAGUGGAAUAUAUAAAGGAAAAAUGGAAGGGGAGGGGAGAAACUAA